ACUGACUGCCAUAACACACGCAGCUGUAUAUCCAAACGCAGCAAUUGGUCGAGAGGAAUUACCACGUUCAGUAUAAAUAAACCAGGCUGCAGCAGCUUUUAUAAUUAAUUGUAUUGUUUCCGUCUUUCUAUAAUCGUGCAAUUUUUAUUACUUCAUUUUUUUUUUUGCUAAUAAAAAAAAAGUGUUGAGGAAUUAUUCAAUAAAUUAUUUGCAGUGUUUUUUUUCAAUCAAUAAAAAUAACACUGACUGUCAAUGGUAUUUGCAAUAAACUCGUUUAUUUAAGUGUCUAGUGGAAAGAAAUUUUUGCACGUGAGUGUUAGAUUGUGAACAAGUCUGCUGAUAGUAUUGGAGAAAAAAGAAUUUUCGAGAUAUUAUUGAUAAAUUGGUAUUGAAACGAAUAUGGCAACGCCGUGGCUGUCACCUCAAUUCAUUGAGAAUGUACUUCGACGUUCAGAGAAUGACGAUUCCAUUUGUGUAAUUGAUUGUUCUAUAAAACCAGCAACAAAUAAAGGCGAUAAUUAUACCAGCGAUAUGCAUCGUGCAUAUGUGGAAUUUCGUCGAAGUCAAAGUAUUAAAGAAGUAACGGAAAAGAAAUCAAUUAUUAUUAAAGUUGCACCGACAAAUGAAGGACCACAUAAAGAAAUUGUCGAAAAGGCCGGAUUGUUUGAAGUAGAAAUCAAAAUGAUGACGACGACACUUCGAGAGAUGCAAUUAAUCCUAAAAGAUACGAAACUUGGAGGUGAUUGUUACUACAAGCAAGAAGCAAAUCCACCUUUGCUAGUCAUUGAAGAUUUAGCUCCAUUGGGCUUCAGAAUGGCUAAUCGUAUGGCUGGUCUUGAUCUUGAUCAUUGUAUGCUUGCUAUACGUGGAUUAGCCAAGUUUCAUGCCAGCUCUGUAGCAGUUUGUGAGAAGAAACCUCAGUACAAAGAUGUGUACAACAAAGGUAUCUUCAACUCUGACAAUCCUCCAGACAUGGCAAAGUUCUUCACAAGUUCCAUGAGAACAUUAACAAAUUGUGUCAAAACAUGGCCUGAACUUGGACCUGAGUAUUACGAAAAACUAGACAGACUUGUAGAGAAAGCAUAUGGAAAUGCAUCUGAUUCUAAAAAGCGUGAUGACUCGGAAUUUAAUGUUAUUAAUCAUGGUGACUUCUGGGUGAAUAAUAUGCUGUUCAAGUAUAACGACAAAGGUCAAGUCACAGAUCAUAUUUUCGUUGACUUCCAAUUGUGUGUUUAUGGUUCUCCAGGAGUGGAUCUAAGUUAUUUUUUCAAUACCAGUCUCUCUGAAACUGUUUUAAUGAACCAUAAAAAUGACAUUCUAAAUGAAUACCUAAAUGUCCUCACAGCUACAAUGAAAAAAAUAGGAUGUAAAACAUCUCCACCGAGUAUGAAUGAUUUACAGAAGAUAUUGCGUAAAACAGAGCCAUAUGGUUUUGUAGCAGCUUGUACUAUUUUACCUCUUGUUCUCACAAAAUCAGAUGACGCAAUGGAUCUGGAAGAACUUAUGGAGCAAGUUGAUGAAGAAUUUAAUGUUAAAGCUUACAACAAUGAAGUUUAUAGAAAAGUUAUCGUCAGGCGGCUGAUUGACUGGAAUGCUAUGGGAUUGUUGGAUAAAUAAUGUCAAUUAUGAACCCUAGAAUGAAUUAAUAGGAUUAAUAAAUAUUGUUGAAAAUAAAUUAUAAGUUUGUUAUUGUUGAUUUUUUUUUUAAUUUAAUAAAAUUAAUUGGAUUAGAGAGUUAA